AUGAACAAACUACCUCAAGAAGUCCUCAACGACAUUGCCUCCUACCUCGGCACGGAGCCCCGUCCCGGACCCACGAGCAAGAGCCACUGGGCCACGCGGGAACUGCAAGAUGAACGUGUGAGGUCGCGAUCCUGCCUUGUAGGGCUGGCCUCACUGUCCAACGAACUCCGGAUUGCGGCAGAGAGGAUCACCUUCAGCUACCUCUCGAUCAAUGCCACCGAGCUAGCCGAGUUCGAGAACCUCAUGUUUGGCAGGUACGGCGACGAUAGGCGCGCAGCGCUCUGUGAUCUAUGCUUCAGCAUAGAGGUCCCCGAGCUGGAUGACGACUCGCAGGGUCUGCCCCAGGACCUUCAAGCGCACCGGGAGGCUAAUGAGAGGACUGCUUCUGAAGCCAUGUUGCGGCUGCUCGACAUGCUUGCGAGAUGGGGCCCCGCCACGGACGGCACUGGUCCCCAGCGCGGCAUCCGCCUAAGGUUUCACAUUCAUACACCCCGUGGCACCCAGCAAGAGUCGGACGAGGAAGAUGGAUAUGCCACCGGACAGUACACUGUGAUUGAGCGAAACGAGAUGUCUUAUAUACGCCUGAGAAACUUGCCCACGCGCAAGAUCUCAUGUGUGAGAGACCUCGUCUAUUCCGCCCCUGAUUCCCAAGAGGAGUACGGCGGUAUUGGGCUGCGUAAGCUGCACCCUGCCUCCCUCGUAGCCCUCAGCGACCUCUUUAUCCAGCUACGCUCCUGUUACUUGGCCCACGCCGAGAUUGACGAAAAGCAUGUCCGCUGCCGGGGCUUUCAUUCUCUCCGGCGCAAGAUCCAUCGCGAGCUCUACCAAGCCAUCAACAGUUCUCCAGGCAUGGGUCCCACGGCCGAGGAGCUCUUCAUCAUGUUGGACCCUUUCCCUAGCCACGACUUGAGGCUGCUGGACAUGACGGACGGCACGAACGCCGACCCGCUGUGCGCCGCGAUCCACGACUUCAUAGCGCGCUCCCACUUUGUGUUCCUCGCGUUCGCCGGCCGCGUCGACGCGGAGCUGUUCUGGCCCACCAGGGCGGCCCCGGCCGGCGCCGUCGCGUUGUCGUCCCUCGACGGCCUGGGCCGCCGGAUGCCGGGCCUCCCGUACUGGAGCUCGAUCCGCCGCCUGAGCGUCUACUUCGGCCCCGACAGCCCGUCGGGACAAUGGUACUUUAGAGGCCGCGAAGGGCGCGACAGCGACGAGCCUCUGCCGGCGGGCAUCGUCGGCCACCAGCCCCCGACGUACGAGGCGUCCGAGCUCUUCGAGGGGGCCGCCGCCACCGCCACCGCCACCACCCCCGCCGACUCCGACACGCCCUGGCUGCCAGCGGAGCCCUAUCCGAGGUACGAGGAACCCUCCUACUUCCGCGUGGUCCCGGACGGCCAAGUCAUGAACCCGCUGCUCGCGGCGUACGCGAGGUGCCUCACCAAGAUGGAGCACCUCGAGCGCGCCGCCCUCUUCACGAAGCUGGACCCCAGCGACCAAGGGAGCCGCCAGAGCGAAUGGGGCGUCUACUACUUUGGAAGAGGGCAGUGGGAUCACGCGUGGGAAAGCUUCAGCAUCUGGCACCCGCCGUCGGAGCCCCGCGUCACCUUCCGGACGCACGGCUGGAUGCCGUCAAGGGGGGUGCUCUCGCUGUUCAAGAGCGUCCGCGCCGACUGCAGCGGGUUUGCCGUGAGUCGGCACGAGGGUCUCUGCAUGCCAUUCUCUUGGCCCGCCAGCACUUGA